AUGAAGGCCAUUACUCUCAUUGCCGCGGCCUGUGCUACCGCUGUCAUCGCGGAGCCGGAGCAGAUUAAGCCUAGAGCUUUGUAUACUAUUGAAACAGCUCCCGGUCGGACUGUGCAAAUCACUGAAGAAGAGCGAUGGGAGUUGUCGUCUAGCGGUGGCUGCGGAAGUCAUUUCUUCGAUAUCACAGAAUUCAACGCCGAGGUCAAAGCCGUCAAGGUUCCUGCUCCAUACCCAUCCAAAUUCAAAUACGAAGAGAACAUCAGACGCCUGUUCCCCAAGCUCAAGUGGGACAAUAUCAAGAGUAAUCUCGAGAAGUAUGCAAUUUACCACACACGCUUUUCCGAGACCGUCACAGGCACUCAAGCAUCCGAGUGGCUCUUAAGUCAGGUGCAGGACGUGGUUUUGAAGUCGAAAAAGCAGGGCGUCACUGCCAAGGCCUUUCCGCACGCACUCUGGCCACAGAAGUCUAUUGUAGUCACGGUACCUGGGCGUAGCAACAGAACGGUCGUUGUUGGUGCGCAUCUAGACUCUGUGAAUGGCGCAAACCGUCUGGAAGCCAGAGCGCCAGGUGUGGAUGAUAACGCUUCGGGCUCUUUCCUGCUGCUCGAGUCGCUCCGUGUGCUUCUUUCCGACAAGGACUUUGGCCCGAGCAAGUUGCAAAACAGUAUCGAAUUUCAUUGGUACGCUGCUGAGGAGGGUGGCCUACGUGGCAGUCAAGACAUCUUCACGCAGUACUCCAACGCUGGCAAAGACGUCUGGGCAAUGUUGAACCAGGAUAUGGUUGGUUAUACUAAAGGUACAAUCAAUGCAGGCAAGCCAGAGAGCUUUGGUCUAAUCACAGACUUUACCGAUCCAAAUUUGAACGAGUACGUUGGCCGUAUCAUCGAUGAGUAUACCGACAUUGAACGCGUCAACAGUGUGUGUGGCUAUGCCUGCUCGGAUCAUGGCUCCGCUACAAGGAAUGGUUACCCGGCAUCUUUCAUUUUCGAAGCUGCGUUCGAGUACCGCAAUCCUUAUAUCCAUACAGCGAACGACACCAUCGAACACAUUGACCCCAAGCAUGUCCUCCAACACGGCCAGCUCGUGCUUGGGUUUCUGUACGAACUUGGCUUCAGUAAGAGCCAGUGA